AUGGAUGAUAGCAUGGAUAUAAAAAACCAAAGAAGAUCUUCUGUUUUUGAUGAAGAUGAUAAUGAAGAUGACAGUGGAGAUGAUAGCGAAGAUGAAGAACAAGAUGAAAAUGCAUGGGAGUUUGAGUAUGAUGGUUUUGAUGGUUUAGAUGAUAGUGAUUCAGAUGAUCGAUGGGUACUAUGGAAAGAUGGGGAUGAAGAUGAUGAUUGUACUGGUGAUGAUCAUGAUGCAGGGAAAGUUGGAGAGAGUGCAGCAGUGGAUAAAAUAGUGGAAGCUGUAAGGGAAGUUGCAGUUGAAGAAGCAGGGGAAAAAGCAAGGAAAAAGGUGGGGGAAGAAACCAACAGGUAUAAUUAG